GCUAUUGGGGAGAGAAUAUCAAGUCCAGUACUCAGAUUCUCAAUGACUUUGCUGCUGUUGUCUAAGGCAUAUGCAAUCUUUUUCCAGUAUUAAAGCCUGGUUCUGUCAACCCUUAGCCUUAGUUCCACCUUGCAGAUUUAAAAAUACAGUUCAAAUAAAGUCAACCCUCUACCACAAGCAAGGGAAGAUCCUGGAUCCAGGAGACAAUUCACCCAAGUUUACCCACUGCAACAGGGAGCCGGCAGGCUCAAUGAGCCCUUUGCUGGAUCCUAGUGCCAGGUCUGGGUCCACAGUGUGGUCCUGGGUGAGCUUCUUUGGAAUCCUACCAACUAUGCCAAGUAAAUGUCAAUGUCUUCUCUGUCGGUUGAAAUGUCUAUGAUUAUAUCUGCCUCAGUCAUUCGUGUCAGAGAUGGACUGCCACUUUCUGCUUCUACUGACAAUGAACAAGGCACAGGCGUGCAGGAGUGCAGAAAGUAUUUUAAAAUGCUCUCAAGGAAACUUGCUCAGCUUCCUGAUAGAUGUACACUGAAAACUGGACAUUAUAACAUAAAUUUUAUUAGCUCUCUGGGAGUGAGCUACAUGAUGUUGUGCACUGAAAGUUACCCCAAUGUUCUGGCCUUCUCUUUCCUGGAUGAGCUUCAGAAGGAGUUCAUUACUACUUAUAACAUGAUGAAGACAAACACUGCUGUCAGACCAUACUGUUUCAUUGAAUUUGAUAACUUCAUUCAGAGGACCAAGCAGCGAUAUAAUAAUCCUAGGUCUCUUUCAACAAAGAUAAAUCUGUCUGACAUGCAGACAGAAAUCAAGCUGAGACCCCCUUAUCAAAUUUCCAUGUAUGAACUGGGGUCAGCCAAUGGAGUCACAUCUGCAUUUUCUGUUGACUGUAAAGGUGCUGGUAAGAUUUCUUCUGCUCACCAACGACUGGAACCAGCAACUCUGUCAGGGAUUGUGGCAUUUAUCCUUAGUCUUUUAUGUGGAGCUCUGAAUUUAAUUCGAGGCUUUCAUGCCAUAGAAAGUCUCCUGCAGAGUGAUGGUGAGGAUUUUAAUUACAUCAUUGCAUUUUUCCUUGGAACAGCAGCCUGUCUUUACCAGUGUUAUUUACUUGUCUACUACACUGGCUGGCGGAAUGUCAAAUCUUUUUUGACUCUUGGCUUAAUCUGUCUGUGCAACAUGUAUCUCUAUGAACUUCGCAACCUCUGGCAGCUUUUCUUUCACGUGACUGUGGGAGCAUUUGUUACACUACAGAUCUGGCUAAGGCAAGCCCAGGUGGAAUCUGGUUGGAGAGAUGCUUGGCUCCGUCUCUGUCGGGCCAUGUCUGGAAUCUCAUUAGAGGCCUGGAUUGUCAGGCUGCACACAGACCCCGUUAGUCCUGGGAGCCUCAACCCCGUGUCGCAGAAGUGCUGCUGCGGAAGUUAGCUGCCCCCAGAAAGGCUUGGCCUUUCUUCCAGAACGUGUACUGAGCAACCCAAGGACCACUCG